CAUGGCGAGUAAGGGAAGCGCACAGAGUUUUGAACACUUAAAAAGAACAAAAUUAUCAUUCAUGACAGUUUUAAGAAUUAUAUUUAUUGCAUGUAUCCACGUGACACAAUCAAGUAAACAAGCCUUCAUCCAAUCAGAUACCAUUCUAGAGGUGCUGCAUUUUGGAGAUGGAGGUCUCUUGCAGACGGAGGCUGAUAUUGACCUUAGCUCCUCAUAUCAUCAAAAAAGUGCCUCUCCACAGCGGGGGAACAGCAGGCCCAUACGGUUUGAGCCACCAAUGCUGGACUUCCAGGAGCAGCCUGUCGGGAUGCCAAAAAUGGAAAAAGUUUUCUUACACAACCCUAGUUCAGAAGAAAUUAGUUUAAUAUCUAUAUCAGCCACAACUGCACAUUUUCAUGCAUCCUUUUUUCAGAAUAGGAUAAUUCCCCCAGGAGGGAACACGUCCUUUGACGUUGUGUUCCUUGCGCGAGUAGUGGGGAAUGUCGAAAACACUUUAUUUAUUAAUACAUCCCACCAUGGAAUGUUUACAUACCAGGUUUUUGGUGUCGGUAUACCGAACCCUUACAGGCUAAGGCCCUUUAUAGGGGCCCGUGUGCCUGUCAACAGCAGCUUCUCCCCACUCAUAAAUAUUCACAACCCACACAGCGAACCGCUGCAGGUGGUUGAGAUGUACUCCAGUGGUGGGGAUCUGCACCUCGAGCUGCCCACAGGACAACAAGGUGGCACCAAAAAAUUAUGGGAGAUACCUCCCUUUGAGACGAAGGGGGUGAUGAGGGCCAGCUUCUCCUCGCGAGACGCCGACAAUCACACGGCCUUCAUCAGGAUCAAAACCAACAACUCCCACGACGACGAGUUCUUCAUCCUCCCUGUGGAGGUGGAGGUCACAUCAGCACCUGGUAUAUAUUCAUCAACAGAAAUGCUAGACUUUGGUACGCUACGGUCUCAAGAUCGACCGAAACAAUUAAAUUUACAUCUUCUAAAUUCGGGAAACAAAGAUGUUACAAUUACGAGCAUACGGGCUACACCAUCCAAUGAGGCCAUUACAGUAGAGUUUAAACAGAUUACACUGAAGGCUGGAGAAAGCCGCUACACCAAAGUUGCAACCAUCAGUUUCGAUGCAUCUAAAGCACGACGACCGUUUCAGUUUACUGGCAGAGUGACGGUUAAGACGAAAGAGAAGAGCUACUCAAAACUUGAAAUCCCAUAUCAGGCCGAAGUCCUAGAAGGGUAUCUGGGCUUCGACCACACAGCCACCCUAUUCCAUAUCCGGGACAGUCCUGUGGACCCUGUGGACAGACCCAUCUACCUCACCAACACCUUCACCUUUGCCAUACGCAUACAUAACGUGUCUCUGCCCGCAGAGGCCAAGACUAUGUUCAGUACUCAUAACUUCAGCACGCCGGUGCUGGUGCCGCCGCAGCAGUCGCGCUACAUCUUCAGCUUGCUCUUCCGGCCGGUGCGCUCCUCUGUGCACAUAGACAGCAACAUCCUCCUCAUCACAAACGCCUCCAAGUUCCACCUGCCUGUGCGGGCCUAUACCGGCUUCCUGGAGCCACUGGUGCUACCCCCCAGCCUAAAGGAUCAUGUGCUGGACUUUGGGGUCAUGAGUGCCACUGACACGAGUAGUUUGGUGCUGGUGGUAAUCAACAGCAAUCCAAUAGAGCUGGAGGUGAAGUCGUGGCUGGUGACGGGGGAGAGCAUGUCUAUGGAGCUGCUGCAGACGGAGAGGGGCAACAGGAGCAUGGCUCUGAGUCGCCUCGCUGAGCUGCACAGUGCCUCAGCCACACACCACAGAGCCGUCAUAUUGGCUUCUGGUUAUUAUGCAGCCUUCCGAGUGACUCUGGUGGCCAAAGCCCUGGAGGGCGUGUUUGAUGGUGCGGUUCACAUUACCACCGACUAUGAGAUAUUGACCAUACCGGUGAAAGCAGUCGUGGCAGUUGGGACUCUCACCAGCUCACCCAGUCAUAUAGUUUUACCGCCCUCCUUCCCGGGUAAAGUGGUGCACCAGGGCUUCAGCAUCCUGAGCUCCUUCUCCCAGCGGGUGAGGCUCCUACACCCCCUGCGCCCGCUGGGCACUGACGCCCGCUUCUACGCCAAGCGCAUGCGCAGCAACAAGGAGGAGCUGGAGCCCCGACGCAAGUCCAAGGUGGCAAAUAUUUAUUUCGAUGCCAGUUUGCAGUGUGGUGACCAGUGUUACGUCGGAGUCCCCUUUAUAUUCAAAUCGGAGCCCAGGCCUCAUGGCGUGGCUAUGCAAGAAGACAUCUGGGACACGGAUGUGGACUUGCACCAGAAACUCCUUAAAAGGUGGAGAGAGCUGGAAGAACGAUCAGGGAUUGAGGUUGAGGCCAUCUUCGAGGUGAACACGGACCUUCAGAAGCAUGUGCAGACCAAAGUCAGCGCUCAGCUCAUGUGGCCCAAGCUGGUCAGCUCUCCCCGAAACAUCCACUUCCCCCUCACCAACGUCAACAGCUCAGCCGAGGAGGUGGUCUUGCUGGAGAACCCGGCUGAUGUGCCCGUGUACGUGCAGGUGCUGCCCCUGGCCCUCUACCCCAACCCCUACAUGUUCACUGGACUCAUAACCGACAGGCUUUCGCUUGUAAAUGGAUCUACCAUUGACAUCAGUACAGAUACACUGGAAUUUCAGGUCAAUAAAAAUCACUCCUCAGUGACUAAGCCUGGGGCGGGCUUUCUGGAAGGUUCCACGCGGCCCUUCGUCAGCAACCUGCUGCUGAUGCCCGGAGAGUCCAAGUCCCUCACAGUCACCUUCACCCCCAACAGGAGCCACAGCAUCUCCUCACUCCUGGUGGUCAGGAAUAACCUGACGGUGGUGGAUGUGGUGCUGGUGCAUGGGCAGGGCACCAGGGAGAGUGUGAAGCUGGGGGGCAAGAGCCCGGGACCAGGCAGCUUCCUCCGCUUCAGGAUGACCGAGGCGCUGCUCAAAGACUGUGAAAUCAAAGCCAAGGAGCCCAACUUCACGCUGCAGAAGACUUUCCGUCUGGAGAACACGGGGCUGCUGCCGCUUCAUGUCCGCUCCAUGGCCAUCAGCGGCCAGCCCUGCCAGGGCUACGGCUUCAAAGUCCUCGGCUGCCAAGAACUUGCACUCAAGCCAAACACCUCCAAAGACCUCGUCAUCCUGUUCACUCCGGACUUCACCUCGUCGCGGGUGGUGCGGGAGCUGCGUCUGGUGACGGCGGGCGGCUCGGAGUUCUCCUUCAUGCUGAACGCCUCGCUGCCCUACCACAUGCUGGCCGUCUGCACCGACGUGCUGCCCCGGCCCAACUGGGAGCUGGAGCUCUACAUCGUGGUCUCACUCAUGAUGAGCUUCAUGUUCCUGGUGGUGAUUGGCACGGCCUACCUGGAGGCCCAGGGCAUAUGGGAGCCCUUCAAGAAGCGGCUGGUGGCCGAGUGCAGCUCCGCCUUGGACGCGGGCAGGGUGUUUGAUCUCAGGGAAAUUGUGCGCAUCGACGCCAACUUGAAUGAUUACAGCGAUGUGAACCAGAACUCGACCAGAGGAAUGUAUGGGUCUGAUGGGAGAGGCGGCAGGGCCGGAGGUCGGCAGGCAGGGACGCCACAGGCUAAUGGACGGGCUUCAGCAGAGCUCAGCGAUGCCCGACUCAGACCCGGCUCACAACGCUCCACAACUAUGCAAUCUUCCUCCUCCUCCUCCUCCUCCUCCACCUCCUCAGCCAAGGACAGCAGCCUGAGCCAGCUGUCUAACCGCAAGGCACGGAGCUCCAGCAAGCAGGGUCAGCCCUCAGCUCCCAGCCUGGCGGAGGUGCCAAGCACAGCCACCACACAGGGCUCCAGGGGCUUGUCUGCAGAGGACCAGAGCUACAACCAGAAGCUCCUGAGUGCCAUGGAUGGAGACCUGGACCGGCCCCGGUCCCCCUCCACAGACCAGGGCUCACAGCAGUCCUCACAAAACAAAGUUUUGGAAACCAAAGGGAAAGUACGAACCAAAACAAAAGCUCAGAAAAAGAAGGAAGAAAAAGAUCGAAAGACAAAGGGAAAGAGCGGUGUGGAAGAGCCAAGGGAAACUAGUGGAGAUAAUGACGACUGCUCCUCAACCACCACAGAGACCUCCAACCCUGACACGGAGACCAAUAUCAAAGAGGAGCCAGUUAAAAAGAAAGGUCGUAUGAAAAUCACCCAGGACAAAGAGAAAGAAGAAGUGCCUUCAUCCCCCACCAAAGCCCAAAUCCGAAAACAAACAGCGGUGAAGAAAGAGACUCCUGCUGAUAAAUCUAGCUCCCUGGAGCUUCCCUAUGUCACCCCACUGGAGAAUAAGCAGCGUAAAGCCUUCACUCCUAAAGCGCUGAUGACCUCCGCCCUCAACAUCAUCCCCAAGCCAAGACCUCUCCAGAGACCAAGGCUGGCGGGUGUGAGGCCAGAAGAUGGCCGUCCCUCUCCCCUCGGCAGGUUCUUCUCCAACGGCUCUCUGUCGGAGCUGGGCCCCAGCAGCGGCUCCGAGGGCUCUGAGAAGGAGUCCCCGCCCCCCGAGUGGGACAUCCCCUUCCACAGAGCCAUCAACCAGCCUGACAGCCUCCAGCAAUACUCUCUGCAGACCAUGAAUGCAGACCCCUUCCUGAAGAGCGGCGUGCCCAGGACCUGCUCCCCUCCCCUGCCCCCCUCGCCCUGCCUCUACCCCAGGGGCACCUACAGCAGCGUAGUCAACACCAACAGUGACGCAAAUUUAAAGAAAGCCCCAGGUAACAAGUUGACCAAGUCCAACUCCCUGCCGGGCAAGAAUGGCAACCCCACCUUUGCCGCCGUGGCUGCAGGUUAUGACAAAAGCCCCGGAGGCAGUGGUGCAGGAAGGCCUGACGGCCUGGGCAAGUUUCCCCUACCUCACAUCCCCUCAGGACCGACCGACUCAGAAAGCUCUGGGUUGUGGAGUCGCUUCAACCCAGCCAACUCCUUCUCUGCAUUUGGACCCAACAACCCACUGUCAGGAGUGUUCAAAGAGAUAGCGUCCCCAAAGACCACGGAGCCCCAGCCGCAGAGUUGGAGCGACUACACCCCGGUGACCACCUCCUCCAUCUGGCAGACUGACACAGGCAGCUCCUGGCCAACCACCACCUCCACCUUCGCCACUGCAGCCCCGCCCACCACUUCCAUCCUGGGGGGCAGCAGUAGCCCGUGGGCCAGCACCGCCCCAUCUGCCCCGUUCAGCAGCUCCAUUUGGUCCACGAGCGGAGACCCCGCCCUGCACUCCUUUGGCACCGCCACCUCCUCCGCCCUCACCAACCUGGUGAGCCAUGCCGCGCCCCCCGCGCCUGUGUCGCCUGUGUCCUCCGACCUGGGGGGCCGCCAGUACAGCCCCUGGAGCCUGUGGCCCACCUCCCUGGGGGGUCGCACCUGGAACCCCUCCACCUCCACCUCCGAGCCCUGGCCAAGCCACCCGGACAACAGCAACAAUGCCAACAACAACAACUGACCAAUAACCCUACUGUACUGAAACUGGCUCAGUAGUAAAUCAUGUUAAAUUCACCUUGAGGUAGUGGUAAAUCAUGUAAUAGAAGAGCCUGGAGUCCUCUUUUUUUCACUUAGCCAGGUUUUUGGAAUACCCCUCUGACACACUCCACCAGCUAUGUCUGUUCGGCCACCAUUAGGGGAAGACAAAAAGGAAAACUGGAAAAAAGAGAACCCUCGCCAUGCUCCCAACAUUUUUUGCUUUUACAUUUUGAUCUCGUUUUAAAGUUGCGUCACAAGAGUUGAAGAAAAAAAAGAAAUUGGUUUUAAUGAAAAAUUGAGAAGUAUGGGGAAGGGGCAUUAAACUUAAGUCUUCAGAAUUGUUUUUUGUUUUCGGUAAUGUUUUUUAAAAUUAAUUCCAGAAAGCUAUUCCCUUGCCAAUCAGUUUUAUUUUAUUAAAAUAAACACACACACACACUUUUCUCAGGAUCAGUCAGCAAUAUUGCCAUUUUUUUUAUUGGUCAAGUACAAAAAUCAUGUGAAUUACUGUAUGCUGUAGGACAGUGUUGCAGGCAACCCCAUGCUUUCUCAGGCGGCUAAUUAUGGGUUUUGUUCAUUUUUAAGUCUCUUAAAUAACGUGUUCAAUCCUUGCAGAUAAGGGGAGAGGUUUAUGAAUAAUAAUAAUCAAGAUCGUUUUGAGCCAGGUCACAAACUGUGUUAUCCUAGUCCCUACAGGCCAAAUCAUGCCGAUGUUGAAAUUUUAACUGGACUUUCACAAUAACGUUUUUGUUUGUUUUAUUGGCUUUUAUGUUGUGAAGGCAAAAGGGAAACGACUUGAAUUGUGUUUGAAAUUCUGUACUGUGUAAGGUGAAACCGUUGUCAUCUGGAGUGGAAGUAGAAACAGUCAGUCUCUGGGAAUAAAAAACAUCAGACUGAA